AAGGCAAUAUUACUGUAAUUUGAUGAGGAAGAGCGAAAUUUCCUCUAAUGUACAACUUAAACUUCCAUAAACAUACCUACGUACGAAGCAUGCUAUAAUCUAUUAAACAUAAGUGCGCAAUGGUUUGGACCAUUGUAUGCGAAUAAAUAAGAAAUUUUCCAAAGUGCAGUUUCGAGAACGCCCAUCACGACCGCACCAUUUGCUGCGAAAAUAAUCGAUUGCAAUUUAGACGAUUCGGUUCUUCCACUUUUCUUAUAAGAAAGGGUAGCUUGUUACUAUAAGAAAAUGAUCUUUGUUCUUUACAUUUGCUUACAUAACGUUGAAACUCUAGUUUCCGAUGAAAGAUGAAUAUCCUACGGAAACACAGAUCAAUUUUCGAAGCGAAUGUAUAGUGUAACAACUUACUAUGGAAGUUGAAUAUUCUUUGAAAACACGGACUAAUUUGCAACACGAAUGGCGCUGGACUGCAGAAACCGCGUAUUAGUUAUUAAUCGUGUAGAAGCAUGAUAAUAAUGUAUUUAUCGACGAUGUAAGCUCCCACAGGAAUUUUCUUGAAAAUGUGCUUACUGUACGGUAGAUAAUUGAGCGAUUAUGGUGGAAUAAAAGAAAAGCCGAAAAAUAGAAAUACAAUUCGUAAGCAUAAAGAAGAAAGGAAAGGGUAUGUAUUCACGAUUGCGUGGAAUUAUUUGUCGAUCUUCAUCUUGUGAGGAUGAAGGCGACGUCGAGUAAAGAUUUCGCUUACGCGAUGACUCCGUUCAAGAUCCUAUCGUGGCCUGUUGGUACCUGGCCUCUUCAACACUAUGAUAUCUUUUCCGCCAUACGUGCCAUAAUCACGAUUUUUCUUUUGCUAGUAAUGAUAAUGAUCGUGCAAUCAGAGAUGUAUUUAGACAGUAGCGACCCUGAGAAGAAUCUAGACGCUGUGGUAAUACUAACUUGCGGCUAUUUGGCAGUGUCAAAGGUCCUGCAGUUUCGUAUUCACCCUGCUGGACUUAUAGCAAAUUUUACCUCGGCGGUUAAGGAUUAUAACAAAUUGAAUGACCAAGAAAAACGAGUGAUAGUACGAAGACACGCUUACAUGGGCAGAGUGGCAGGUAUCAGUGGGGUACUUUUCGCAUAUUUCAGCGCAACUCUCUUCACGACUCUGCCGAUGCUGGCUGCAGAAGAAAUGAAUGAUAUAGUUAACGUAACGGAAGAAAAUAUUCCGGAAUAUCCUAUACCUUCCGACAAAGUAGUGGCACUUGUAAAAAUACCGGAAAAUUUAUACUUCAUUGUUUUUAUCGUAGAGUACUUGAUGUUGCUAUUAACGAGCAAUGGAAAUCUAGGAAACGAUUCCUUGUUUUUCGGUAUCACUUUUCACCUGUGCGGUCAAGUAGAAAUUUUGAAACUUGAUUUCAAAAGACUAAGAAACGAAAACGAAAGAACAAAGGAACAUUUCAGUGUAUUAACCAAGCGGCAUGUUUACUUACUGAACCUAGCCAAAAUGCUGGACGAGACGAUCAGCUCUAUCUUGGCUGUGCAAUUAUUCACGAGUUGUGUACUUAUUUGUACAAGCGGACUACAGUUCAUUAUCGCUCUGAGUGUUGGAAACAUUGUCAUGACGAUAAAAACGUUUUUAGUACUGAGCACUCUAUUAGUGCAAUUAUUUGCAUACAGCUACGUGGGCGAUUAUUUAAAGCGUCAAAUGGAAGGCAUCGGCGACUCGAUAUAUACCUGUAGUUGGUACGAUAUACCAAAUAGUGUGGCAAAAGAUAUUAUUUAUGUUAUUAUGAGAACUCAAGAACCAGUUUACCUGAAGGCUGGAAAAUUUUUUAUUGUUAAUAUGGAAACGUACAUGAGUAUUAUGAAAACUUCUAUGUCGUACCUAUCAGUUCUACGGGUAAUGAUAAGUACUUGAGGCCUUGUAUAAUAUAGAAAUGGAGGAGGUAUAUUUAUCUAAUAAAGCUCAACAAGAUAUGUAAUAUUGUACUUUUGAUGACUAAAUAUUUAUUACAAAUACUCAGAAUCAAAUUGAUCGAAUGUGCCUAAUCGAUGGUCUCAGUAGUCUGUUGUAGUCAAUAAUUCGUGAAAUGACCGAAAACAUUUGAAAUACAUGUAUAUGUAUAUCAUUAUUACAUUGGCACUUGUAGCUUCAAAACUCAAUCGCUUUGGCAAAUGAAGGGCUUCGUAACCGAUAAGUGUAAGUCAGCCUUUCGUUUCUACUUACGCGUUAUUGAAUCUUUCAGUCGACGGAAGACUUUAAUUCAUUUAAGACUUUAAAAAAUGAAAACUCUCAAAAACACACUGGUAUAGAUCAAUAAAAUUAAUAUGAAAAAUCGAAAAUUUGUUGCUUGUUCUAUUAAAGGAUAAAAUGAAAACUUUCUCUGAAUUGUAUGAAAUAAAAUUCAUAUAAAAGCGGGCUCAGAUGCAAUUGAUCUAUUAGCUUGAUCACCAAACCAAGUUUCGUGUUCCUGAGCUGCCUGGGUACCAGAGACAACAUCGGUGCAGUGAAAAACGCAGUUCUGAUGGUGAAGUGACUCACAGAGCUGUACCUCUGGGUCUACUCAGAUAAAUCGCACUGCUAUCAAUCUCGAUGACAUGUAGCAGACGACCUGAAACUAAUAACGAACAGCAAAAGUUGAUCGUACCACG